AUGAUUGGUCGUGAGAUUAUCAUGCCUCAGCCUCACUUGUCGACCCCGCUCCUCUUGGUCGGAUGGAUAUGUGCUUUAUCCUUGGAGAUGGCAGCCGCAAAGCUCAUGCUGGAUGCGAUACACCCGAGUCUGCCUCACCCGCCGACAGAUCGGAAUACCUACAUUCUGGGCAAUAUCGGAGAACAUAACAUCGUUGUUGUCUGUUUACCAGCUGGCACAUAUGGAAUUGUUCCAGCUGCAACGGGAGCGAUGCAGUUGCUCUCAAGUUUCCACUCUAUCCGGUUUGGGCUGAUGGUCGGCAUCGGUGGAGGUGUACCAAGCGAGAAGGCCGAUAUUCGACUAGGUGAUAUUGUGGUGAGCCAACCAGCGAACACAUCUGGAGGCGUAAUCCAAUACGACCUUGGUAAAGCGUUGAGCGGCGGUCAAUUUCAGCGAACAGGAAUGCUUGACCGGCCACCCAAGGUCCUCCUGACUGCCCUCGCUACUCUCAAAGCCCACCACUUGACACAAGAUAGUCGAGUCCUUGAAUUUGUUUCCGACGUCCGAGCGAAAAUGCCGUCGCGGAAAGCUGCAAACUUUGCACGACCAUCGAAAGAGGACCUUCUUUUCAAAACAGAAUAUGAACAUGGAGCAUCUGAUACAUGUAUCAAUUGUGAUCGGUCUAAAGUGACUGCUCGGGCUUCGAGAGACUAUGAAGAGCCAGAAAUACACUAUGGACUGAUUGCAUCGGCAAAUAAGGUGGUGAAGGACAGCAAGCUGCGAGAUCAGCUGGCUCAGGACCUAGACGUCUACUGUGUUGAGAUGGAGGCGGCGGGGCUCAUGAAUGACUUUCCCUGUCUAGUCAUUCGGGGCAUUUGUGACUAUGCUGACUCGCACAAGAAUAAGGAGUGGCAAGGCUAUGCAGCAGCGGUGGCAGCGGCAUAUGCGAAAGAGCUUGUCUUAGUGGUUCCGGUAGAUCAGAUCAAAACUACUCCAACAGCACGAGACACUCUAACAGACUCUGGCCAUCAGUUCAAGGUUCCUCUCGACCUUACUGCAGUACCUGUGAUUCAGAAUUUUGUAGGACGACAAGAUGAGCUGGACAGCCUAUGGCAGUCUUUACAACCGAAAAAGUCGUCAUCACGGAAAGUCGCAAUUCUUCACGGCCUUGGUGGGAUGGGAAAGACGCAGCUAGCGAUUCGUCUCGCGCGCGAUCACAAAGAUGAUUUCACGGGUAUCUUCUGGCUGAGUGGCAAGGAUCGGAAUACACUCUUGCAAUCGUUGAGUUCUGCCUUGAACCGAUUACCGGGACAGCUUGGUGAUAGCGAGGCAACCAAUGACCAAGACGUGGAGCAACGAGCCAGAGUUAUGUUACGGUGGCUAGCAUCGGCGGGCAAUUCUCGCUGGCUGAUCAUUUUCGACAACAUUGAUACAUACUCCCCCUCUAGCAGCCCUGGUGGCGAUGGAUACGACAUCGGGGAGUUUUUCCCUGCGGCAGACCAUGGAUCCAUCCUCAUCACAUCUCGGCUUCAAGAACUAACUGAGCUCGGGGGAAAUUUUCCGGUGCGCAAACUUGAUUCUCACAACACAAUUCAACUACUCCUCCAAAGCAGCGGUCUGUCAGCCAAAAGCACCACUAGAGAGCUUGAGGGUAGUCCAGACAUCCUUGCUCUUGCCAAUCGUCUGGAUGGACUGCCUUUGGCAGUUGUCAUCGCUGGGGCAUUUAUGCGUGAAACUGGAACCAGCAUCGCUGAGUACUUGGAGCACUACCAAAAGUCUUGGUACGAACUACAGUUGCAAUCAAAGCCUGGUCGGCAGUACCAGCAAGGCAACAUGCUACAAACAUGGAUGAUCUCAUAUCUUGAGAUCCAGAAGCGGGACUCGAACGCAGCAAACCUUUUACUGCUACUUGCGCAUUUUGACAAUCGUGAUAUCUGGUACGAGUUAGUACAGAAUGGCCGCAAAAGUUCAACCGUUCCCGACUGGCUUGAAAGAAUUACAUCACGCAAACUCUCGUUUAAACUCGGUGUGAGGUCUCUCAUCGGAUUUUCUCUUCUAGAGAGCAAGGAGCAAAAUGGAAGCUAUGCAAUGCAUCCAGUAGUACAAGACUGGUGCCUUCACAUUGCCAGCACAAAUACAAACGUGGAUUCGAUCCAACUCAACGAACUUGCGCUGAUAUCCGUUGGGCACUAUGUCCCUAAAUCAAGUGAGAGAGAUUACGCAGAGCUUCAACAACGACUUAUCCCACACGCCAAUCAUGGAAAACUGAAGGACGCAGAGGAGAUGUACCAGCGAGCACUGGCAGGCUAUGAGAAGGCCCUAGGUCUAGAUCAUACGUCCACUCUCAAUACAGUUAAUAACCUUGGGCUUCUCUACUCUGAUCAAGGGAAGCUAAAGGAGGCAGAGGAGAUGUACCAGCGAGCACUGGCAGGCGAUGAGAAGGCCCUAGGUCCAGAUCAUACGUCCACUCUCGAUACAGUCAAUAACCUUGGGCUUCUCUACUCUGAUCAAGGGAAGCUAAAGGAGGCAGAGGAGAUGUACCAGCGAGCACUGGCAGGCGAUGAGAAGGCCCUAGGUCCAGAUCAUACGUCCACUCUCGAUACAGUCAAUAACCUUGGUACUCUUUACUCUGAUCAAGGGAAGCUGAAGGAGGCAGAGGAGAUGUACCAGCGAGCACUAGCAGGCUAUAAGAAGGCCCUAGGUCCAGAUCAUACGUCUACUCUCGAUACAGUCAAUAACCUUGGUACUCUCUACUCCGAUCAAGGGAAGCUAAAGGAGGCAGAAGAGAUGUACCAGCGAGCACUAGCAGGCUAUAAGAAGGCCCUAGGUCCAGAUCAUACGUCUACUCUUGAUACAGUCAAUAACCUUGGUAUUCUCUAUAAGGAUCAAGGGAAGCUGAAGGAGGCAGAGGGGAUGUUCCAGCGAGCACUUGCAGGCAAGGAGAAGGCCCUAGGUCUAGAUCAUACGUCCACUCUCGAUACAGUGAAUAACCUUGGUCUCCUCUACUCUGAUCAAGGGAAGCUAAAGGAGGCAGAGGAGAUGUACCAGCGAGCACUGGUAGGUAAAGAGAAGGCCCUAGGUCCAGAUCAUACGUCUACUCUCGAUACAGUCAACAACCUCGGUACUCUCUACAAGUAUCAAGGGAAGCUAAAGGAGGCAGAGGAGAUGUACCAGCGAGCGCUAGCAGGCGAUGAGAAGGCCCUAGGUCUCGAUCAUACGUCUACUCUCGCUAUAGUUAAUAACCUUGGUAAUCUCUACAAGUAUCAAGGGAAGCUAAAGGAAGCAGAGGAGAUGUACCAGCGAGCGCUAGCAGGUAAGGAGAAGGCCCUAGGUCUAGAUCAUACGUCCACUCUCGGUACAGUGAAUAACCUUGGUCUUCUCUACUCUGAUCAAGGGAAGCUAAAGGAGGCAGAGGAGAUGUACCAGCGAGCACUGGCAGGUAAAGAGAAGGCCCUAGGUCCAGAUCAUACGUCUACUCUCGGUACAGUCAAGAACCUUGGUGCUCUCUACAAGGAUCAAGGGAAGCUGAAGGAGGCAGAGGGGAUGUUCCAGCGAGCACACAGGCAAAGAGAAGGUUCUAGGACUUAA